UGGGGUAGGGUUAACCAAAUAUCACUUAGGCCAGGGGCCUCAGACUGGCCUCCAAAUCACCAAGUCUGCCCAUGUGUAGGCUAAAGGUUACAGAGUGUGUCUGCAACAACCUCCUGGAAGCAAACAAAUGCCCUAACCUUGAAUAAAGUCCAGUGGGAACAACAGACUGCAUGACAGUCCUGGAGCUCAAGAGGACCACUCCUGACCAUUCUCCAAUCCUCGCCCAGCUUUGGUGUACCUUCCCUUGGGACUGAUCUGGAUCCACACCACAGUCAUGGAUCUUUUCCACAGCUGGGGGGUGGAAGUGGCCAUCCAUCUGCAGACCCAGUAUGGGCAUUAUGAGGGCUGGUUUAGCCUAGCCUCUACAGUGGCUGACCUGCAUACCACCUUCUUUUGUUUCUUCCCAGUCUGGUUCCAUCUGCGCAGGGACGUGGGUGUAAAGCUCAUCUGGGUGGCUGUCAUUGGGGACUGGCUCAACCUGGUCAUGAAGUGGGUUCUAUUUGGAGAGAGACCCUAUUGGUGGGUCCAUGAUACCCGCUUCUAUGGGACAGAUCCAGCCCCUGCCUUAAAACAAUUCCCCAUCACCUGUGAAACUGGACCAGGAAGCCCUUCGGGUCAUGCCAUGGGCUCGUCUGGGGUGUGGUACGUGAUGAUAACAGCUGUCUUCUCAGUGGCAACAGAAAGAUGGUUCCCACCUCUCCUGUACAGGUGGGUCAAAAGAGAAGUGGAGUCAAUGGUGUUGUUCUUGCAGGUGGGGCUCUGGAUGCUGCUGUGUACAGUAGAGCUGCUGGUGUGCAUGUCCAGAGUCUACAUGGCUGCCCACUUCCCGCACCAGGUCAUCAGUGGGGUCAUCACAGGUAUCAUGGUGGCUGAGGCCUUCUCCAGAGUGCAGUGGAUCUAUGGAGCCAGUCUGAAGAAGUACUUCUACACCACCCUCUUUCUGCUCACCUUUGCUGUGGGCUUCUACGAGCUACUGAAAGCUAUAGGCGUGGACCUGCUGUGGUCCCUGGAGAAAGCCCAGAAGUGGUGUGUGAGAGCCGAGUGGGUCUACAUGGACUCCACUCCUUUCGCCAGCCUCCUGCGCAAUAUGGGCACCCUGUUUGGCCUGGGCCUGGGCCUGCACUCACCCCUCUACACCGAGAACAAGAACAGCAGCAUCCCCUUCAGGGUGGGGUGUAUCACUGUCUCUUUAUUGUUGCUACAGAUUUUGGAUGGCUUGACGUUCUCCUCGAAAGACCAGGCAGUGUUCUAUGUGUUGUCAUUUAGUAAGAGUGCUGCUGCUCUCUUCAUUCCCACAGCUCUGGUUCCCGGAGGACUCUCCUGGAUCUUCCCAGGUAGUGGGGCGGCUAAGCUGAAAUUUUCAUAACAACAGUUCACUUUAUGAUAAAAGCACCAAAUUUUGCAGAGGUAGAUUUAUGUACCCUGAAAUUAUUUACAUAUCAGGCCAUGGCAGCCAUCUUACAAAAUGGCCACUGAAAGUAACAACAUUUUACAAUUCAGAAGUAGUGUUUUGAUAUAACUGCACCAAAUGUGUUACAGAGGUAGAUGUAUGUACCCUGAAAAUAAUUACAGUAUAUAUGGAGCCCCCACAGAUUUGGCCCCUGGGGCCACAGCAGACAUUUUACCAAAUGCCAACAUAUUGUAAUACUGUUUAACAAUUCGGAAUGACUGUUUUGUGAUAACAGCACCAAAUAUGCUACAUAGGUACAUUGAUGUACCCCGAAAGGAUUAAGAAAUGGAAACCCCACAGAUUUGGCCCCUGGGGGCCUCUACGGGGCCAUGUCAGUCAUUUUACAAAAUCGCAACAUAUUGUAAAAUUGUUUUACAAUGCAGAAGGACUGUUUUGAGAUAACAGCACCACAUUUAGUACAGAGGUAGAUAGUACAGAGGUACAGUGCUUUCAGACAGUAUUCAUACACCUUGAUUUCUUCCACAUAUUGUUGUUUCAGCCUAAAUUGAAAAUGGAUUACAUGUAUUUAUUUUUCUAACACACAAUACCUCAUAAUGACAAAGUGAAAACAUAUUUUUUGUAAAUG